CCGGAAACGGAAUGCUUGCAACGAAGGUCACACUGCAGACCGAUCGACCUCUAAAGACUCCUAUUGCCUGAGGAAGAAGCCCGGAAGAGGAGGGAAGAGGAAAGAAAAAGGAGUCAGAAAUGGCUCUUUCUCAGGCACCGUUGACAUUCAGGGAUGUGGCCAUAGAAUUCUCUCGGGAGGAGUGGGAAUGCCUGGACCCUACUCAGAAGGCCUUUUAUGUGGAUGUGAUGUUGGAGACCUACAGGAACCUGCUCUCCUUGGAUAUCUCUCAUAUACAUGUGAUCAGGAAAUUACAACCAAGAGCAAACAGUGAUAGAGGAGAAGUAUUCCAAACAGUGAUGUUGGAAAGACAAGAAAGCCAUAAAAUGAAACAUUUUUACUUCACGGAAAUCCAGGAAGAUGACUUUGGGUGUCAGUGGAAGGAUGAUGAAAGAAAUUACAAAGGAAUGUCUGUAGCCUGUAAGGAAAAUGUAACUCACAGAAGAGAUCGACAUGGUAGGUGGAAUUCAGGAAAGAAGCCCAUUGAAAAUAGGCUUACGUUAAGCUUUCAGGAUGAACUGCGUGUAUUUAAGAACGAUAUUUACAAAUGUAAUGAGUGUGGCAAAGCCUUUAAUCAUGGCUCAUCCCUCCGCAGACACCAGAUAAUCCAUACGGGAGAGAAGUUAUAUAAAUGUGGGGUAUGUGGCAAUGUUUUUCGUCUAAAGUCACACCUUAUAAGUCAUUGGACAACUCACACUCGUGAGAAAACUUACAAAUGUAAUGACUGUGGCAAAAGCUUUAAUCAUGGCUCAUCCCUCCGUAGACAUCAGAUAAGCCAUACCGGAGAGAAACUGUAUAAAUGUGAUGUAUGUAGCAAAGUGUGUAGUCAGAAUUCCUCCCUUAAACGUCAUCAGAGGAUUCAUACCGGAGAGAGACCUUACCAAUGUAAUGAGUGUGGCAAAACCUUUAAUCGUGGCUCUCACCUCUCCACACAUGAGGUAAUCCAUACAGGAGUGAAAUUAUGUAAAUGUGACGUGUGUGGCAAAGUCUUUAGUCAAAAUUCAUGCCUUAGAAUCCAUCGGAGAAUUCAUAAUGGAGAGAAACCUUACAAAUGUAAUGAGUGUGGUAAGGUCUUUCGUCAAAAUUCACAUCUUGGAAGACAUCAGAGAAUUCAUACCGGGGAAAAACCUUACAAAUGUAAAGAGUGUGGCAAGGUCUUUAAUCAAUAUUCACAUCUUGCAAAUCAUCAGAGAAUUCAUACUGGAGAGAAACCUUACAACUGUAAUGUGUGUGGCAAGGUCUUCAGUCAAAAUUCAAAUCUUGUAAGUCAUCAGAGAAUUCAUACGGGAGAGAAACCCUAUAAAUGUAAAGAGUGUGGCAAAUUCUUUAAUCAAAAGGCAUACCUUACAAAGCAUCAGAGAGUUCAUAAUGAAGAGAAGUCUUACAAAUGUAAUGUGUGUGACAGGGUCUUCAAUCGAAAUUCAAAUCUUGAAAGUCAUCAGAGAAUUCAUACUGGAGAGAAACCUUACAAAUGUAAUGAGUGUGGCAGGUUCUUUUCUCAAAAGCCAAACCUUGGAAAGCAUCAGAGAGUUCAUACUGGAGAGAAGCCUUACAAAUGUAAUGAGUGUGGGAAGGUCUUCAGUCGAAAUUCACUUUUUGCAAUUCAUCAGAGAAUACAUAAUGUAGAGAAACCUUUCAACUUUAAUGAAGUUGAAAUGCCUUUACUCAGAUCUCAACCCUCACUAAAUAUCCGAUAAUUUAUAUGUGAGAGAAACCAUGUAAAUGUGACAUAUGUGGGAAGGUCUUCAUUCAAAAUUUACACCUUACAAUUCAUUGGAGAAUUCAUAGUGGGGAGAAGCUGAGCAAACGUCAUGAAUAUGGCAAAGAUUUUGUGCCUGCAAGCCUCACUUUCUAUCAGAUAAUCCAUAGUGGAGAGAAACCUUACAAAUGUAAUGAGUAUCUCAACGUCUUCAGUCCAAAUUCAUACCUUAAGAUCUGCCAAAUACUUUAUACUGGAGAAAAUCUUUUCAAAUAUAAUGAGUGUGGCAAAUCCUUCAGUGUUCUGUCAAGCCUAACUUAACCAUCAGGUAAUCCAUACUGGUGAGAGACUUUAAUAAUAUAGUGAUAUGACAAGGCUUCUAUCAGGCAUCCACAUCUUAGGCUUCAUUAGAAAAUUCAUUCUGAAUAGCAACCAGAUAAAUGCAUUUAUUGUGGCCAGGCCUUAAGAGGAGGAAUUAUUAAAGAACUCAUUCUGGAGAUUACCUCACAAAUGCCACGAAUGUGAAAUAAUAAUCUUAGUUCUCAGGUAAGACAGUUUAUAUUUGUGAGUGACAGACCACCUGGAGAACAGUGACCGAAAAGAAGUGGGUGCGUCAUCCUUCUCACCUAACAGGAAGUCCAGAGGGUGUAGUGUGGGGUGUGAUGGAUGCUCUGCUUCUUCAUCCAUGAGCACUUGGUCCUCACCUUCCUAUAGUAACAUGACUGCUGUAUGAUUGAGAAGGGUGAAGGUGGAGGGCAAAAACCCUUUUCAUUUUAAGAUUCUGUCUUGUUUUCAUGGAAACAUUCAUCCCAGAUAUAUUCUUUUUGGGUCAUGCUCUUGUGACAUGUCUGAGAACUCUGCAUCAAGUUCUGGAUUCUGAAGAUUUUAUUCUAUACCGUUCUUCCUAACUCUCUUAUAGAAUAAAGUUUUAAACUUUGUUUUAAAGCUUUGAUUUACUUUGAGCUAAUUGUACAAAUGUAAAGUUUAAAUGGAGAUCUCUUUUUUUCUUCUUCUUCUUUGAAUAUUUCAUUGAUCAGCACCAGUGUUGGAAAGUCGUUCCUUCAUUGAAUUGCCUGAGUACCUUUGUCAAAAAGUGGUUGGAAGUACACUUGACCCUUGAACAAGGCAUGGAGUUAGGGUUUUAGACUCAUGAGCAGUUGUAAAUUCACAUAUAACUUAAUGUUGUCCCUCUCUAUCCAUGGUUCCGCAUCUUCAGAUUCAACCGGCCACAGAUCCUGUAGUACUGUAGUACUAUUUAUUGGAAAAAAUGCCCAUAUAAUUGAAUCCACACAGCUCACACCUGUGCUGUUCAAGGGUUAACAGCACUGAUGUAGGGCUCUUUCUGGUUUCCACAUUCUGUUCCAUUAGUCUAUGUGUCCGUCACUGCACAAAUCCCACACAGUCUUGAUAACUGUCACUAUAUUAGAAAUCUUGAGGUCAUGUGGAGUGAUUCCAACCACUUCAGUAUUUUUCAGGUAUUUUAGCUCUUCUAGUCCUUUUGCCUUUCCCUAUUACUUUUAGAAAAAUCUUGUUUGAAUCUACAGAAAUCUUGAUUGAAAACACAUUAAACCUGUAUGUCAAUUUGGGGCAUUUUAAUAUCAUUUCUACGUUGUGUCUUCCAGUCAAUUAAUCUGGUAUAUUUUGUUAGCAAUUCAAUGAAUAUGGUAUGUUUCGCUCAGAUGACCUAAAUAGAAGGUCAUCUUUGUUUCAUUACGGUUGUAGGUUUCAGCAUAAAAGUCCUUACUUUGUUAGAUUUACACAUUUUCCUUCUACUUUUACUUUCUUGAGCAUUCAAACAUUGUAUUAUAUAUUUAAUUUCAAUUUCCAUUUGUAAAUUGCAUGUGUAUAAAAUUACAGUGGAUUUUUGCACAUUGUACCCUGACACCUUGCAAAUUAUACUUUUUCUAGAAAUUUGUAUAGAUUGUUUUGAUUCUCUACAUACAUUAAUUUAUUAAAUUUUCUGUUUCUACUGUAACAAAUUACCACAAACUGAGGGCCUUGAAGGAACACAAAAUUAUUCUCUUAUGGUUCUGGAGGCGAGACGUGUAAAAUGAUCCAAAGCACUGUGCUCCUUCUGGAUAUUCCAGGGCAGAAUUUGUUUUCUUGCCUUUCUUGGAUGCCAGAAGCCACUUACCUUCUUUGUCUCAUGGUCGCCAUGUGUAUUCGCAUGACACUCUUUCAGUUAAUUCGUGAUUGUAUUCAGAUAUCUUCUUAUCAUGUGGGCAUUUCCUGAACGCGUUGUUUACAUUAGGACACCCUGUCACUCUCUCAUUGUAUGUGUACACCUUCAUCAUACUUAACACCAUCAUAUCUGAUCUAAUUAUUGCUGACUUUCCCUUGUAGAAUAUAUAUGCUCCUUGAAGGCAGGGUAUUGAUUUUGUUUCCUGCUAGAUAUCCAGUGACUGGAAGCAUUCCCAACUGACAGGUGAGUGAAUGCGUUUAUCAGUGCAAAGAAGGUUUGUGUAAUGCAUCGGCUCAUAGGUCAGUA